AUGUCAUUUGGAGUCCCUUCUGAUGAGGUAGCGGAGGACUACAAAAGAGCCCUUGAAGAUUUGACUAUGAAUUCGAGAUAUGAGAUCAGCAAUCUAACCGUUAUAGCAAAAGAAAACACCGAGCAUGCUUUGGCCAUUUCAGAGGCAUUGAAGAACCAUAUAAAACAGACUUCUCCGCAAAAGAAACUACCUGCUUUCUACGUCCUCGAUUCUGUAGUCAAGAAUGUUGGAACACCUUAUACCCUCUUCUUCGGUCGACAACUUUAUUCAACUUUCAUGGAGGCGUAUGCUUUGGUUUCUCAUGAUGUGCGAAGAAAAAUGGAUGAGAUGUUGAAAACUUGGAAAGAGCCUGUGCCUGGCUCUAUAGAUACACGUCCUGUAUUUCCUCCAGAAGUAACUCGCCCCAUCGAAAAUGCUCUCAUAAAAGCUAGAACCUCAGCUCUCCAACAAGAGCAAUUGAGAAGCCAACAGCAGUUAAUGAAUCGAGGACGAUCUGCCGUAGGUCAGGCUCCCUAUCGUAACACACCAACUCCUCCAAACCAAUCUCGACAACCUCUUUAUCCCCCUCCCGGACAUUCUGGAUACCCUCAACAAUACCCUCCUCCAGCAAAUGGCCAACAGUAUAACAACCAAGCCAACGGUCAUCUGCAGCUUGGACUUCCUCAGCGACCACCUCCAACUCAAUAUUCCCAACAGCCAGGCAGCUCGACAUCCUGGCAGCAGUCACAGCCUCAAGGUUAUCAGCCACCAGAGGCAAGCGUAGAUAUGUUAAACAGGGAUAUCUCCAAUCUCAUUGCUUCUUCAAAGGCAGAAUUUGCCCAGAGUCCAUAUGAUAGUAGCAUACAAACAAGACUGAAAGCCUUGCUUGAUUUACAGACCAUUCUACAAACUCAAAGGCUUCCACCUGAUCAAAUAGCAAUGAUAAAAGAACAAGCCAGCACCUGUAGCUACGCCAACACCCCAACCACAGCCGCAGCCAACCUUGAGCUCUUUGCUAGGCCCUGGUGGGCUGGCUGCUCUAUUAGCGCGACAAUCUGCAACACCACAAAUUCCCACGCCCCCUCCCCCCCAGCUGCUAUCGCAAUCCCGUCGCCUCAACCGCAACUUGCAGUACCUCCACAGCUACCCUUUCAACCAACUUCCUCAGCCCCUGUUUUGGCAUCUGUUCCAAAACCUGCAGCUGAUCCUAAUUCAUUAUUGGAAAGACUUCGAGCUGCUGGUAUGCUACCUGGAAUACCAGCAGUGUCAAGCACACCCACUCAACCACCAAGUGCUUUAGGCGGCGCCAACCUUCCCGGCUUCCCCCCAUCUCUACCCUUCAUAAGUGCGCCCCCCGUGUCAAGAACGCCACUUCUAGAAAUUCCCAAUGAUGUCGUUUUGAAGCCUGCGUCAUUAAAAAUGUUUCGCCCGCAUCUUAUCUCCAAUCUCUACGAAAAACUUGGCGCGCCAUGUACACAAUGUGGACGACGUUUCCAAUCAGACACAGAAGGUCGAAAAAAGAAAGCUGCCCAUAUGGAUUGGCACUUCCGUGUUCAUCAAAGAAUGGCUGAGGCUGAGAAGAGGGGCCAACAUCGAAGUUGGUAUGUUGAUGAAUUGGACUGGAUAAAAUGGCGCGAACCAGAAGAUGAUCAGGUGAAUGAUGCAUCGGAUACUACUCAAGGUGCUGCUGGCUCAUCUUUGGCUAUGAAUGCUAAGCCAAAGCUUCAAUAUUUAGCGGUGCCAGACGAUCCUGCUCUUGCUGGAAGUGUUUGUCCUAUAUGCCAAGAGAAGUUUGAGAUGAAAUGGCUAGAUGAUGCGCAAGAGUUUGUAUGGAUGGAUGCUAAGAAAGUGGGCGAUCGUAUUUAUCAUGCUAGUUGUUAUGCCGAAGCCACGAAAGACAGAGGCACGCCUGAGCCAACGGUUCUGGGCAAGCGGAAAGCGGAGGAUCAGGAACCUCACUUACGGACGAAGAUCAAAACGGAGCCUUAGUCAAUGUACUUUUUUUUAC